AUGUCUACGAUGGAGUUGGCCAUCAAUUACCAAUCGAAAGGUCAAUGGCACUUCUCAGACCCUGUGUCUGGUACUCACUUCGGAUCCAAACCCACGGACGUGUCUGAUCCAUUAUUAAUACCAGGUGCAUGGCUCCUCGUGGAUAAAAAGCAAAGAGCAUAUGCCAUGGCCAGUUCUAAUUCUGGCAUGCUAAUCGAACUGAAGCGCAGAAUUUGGAGUUUUUUCACUUGCGAGAAACUAUCAUUCAAAUAUGUUGCUCCUACUGAAUCAGCCGAGCUUUCGGGGACGUAUAGGUGGAAAUAUGAUAAGAAGACGACGAAGUAUGUGUUGACGAAGAAGAGGGAUCCAUUGCGUCGGGUGUUCGCCACGUUAAAUCUUGAUAAGGUUUAUCCUACAGGUAUUCCUGGCAAAAUGCAAUUAUUUGACCAGGCUAAGGCUUUGGCACCGGACCAUGCUCUUUUAAGUAUGGACAAUGAGUUUGCUUUGAAGGAAUUGGAUAAGUUUAUCAUACUGUCUACUCUUGAAAUACUUUUUCGGGAAGAGAGAAGGCCGAAAUGCUACUGGGACGAUGAGAAGGACGUGGCUUACUGGCCAGCGCAAACGAGAGAUGUGAGGAAGUGUGGAUGUUUGUGUCACUGCUUUCCCGGGGAGUGUACUCCGACCAAGCUCGCGGACAAAUCGGAGGAGAAAUUGGAGAAACUGAGGAAGAACACCUUCAAUCUAAAAGUUCGGGAAGUGGAAUCUGAGGAAGAAGAAUUAUCUGCUUAG